AUGCGCAAGUUGUGCACGGGGGGAAGCAGUGGUUUGGACGGAUUGAGCCCGAUACCGGCCUUGACCAUGGGUGUGCUGUGCGCUGGAAGACGGCCGGCGGCGCUCAGACCGCUGCGGGACAUGAGUCUUGCUGCCAGCGGAUCCAUUUUGUGGUAUCUUAACACAAGUCAAUAUUUUAAAUAAGCCAAACUACACUUCGUCCGAUGUUUACAGGUCAUCCGGGAGAUCACAGUGGUCGUCCGCGACCAAUCGAGCGAGGCGCUGACAUAUUUCUGCGUGCCUAAGAGAAGCUUUGAUAGAUGUAGCGGAAGCUUGCUUCGUUGUGUUAGAGUCCGGGAGUGCCAACACAUUGCGUAGAUGGGUGUUAAUGCGCACAAUCGCGCUUUCAAUUGCG